GCAAUUCAACAUUUUGUUGAAAGAGUUUUAAAACAACAAAAGAUAGCAGAUUACAUUUAAUGUCUACCAAGAUAUCAUCUCUCUGAUAGUACCGUCAUUCUAAUAUUUAGUACAGUAAUUUGCCAUAUUUAUGGUUUCACAAGCAUUUCUGAUGUAAAAACCGAAAUUCACAUGUGUACAACAACUGCACUGCUUAUUUCCAGGGUUUUGAACUAAUACCGCAAUAAACUAUCAGUGGAGAUACUAAAAGGAGAUUGACCUUGGAAAAAUCAUGUUCAGGAUUUGAUUCAAAUGGAAUCUACAUUUUCAGUGGAGUUAUUGAGGAUCUACUACCGAAGACUUUUCCCAUGCGAUCUAUUUGCACAGUGGCUUACAUAUAAUUCUCGAAGUAGUGGGCUUUCUAAAAGAGAAUUCAGUUUCACACUGAAUGGUGAUAUCUAUCUUAGAUAUCAGAGUUUUGAUUCGUCGUCGGACCUUAGGAAGGAUCUAGUCAAGCUAUGCCCUAUUAAGAUUGAUAUUGGGGCAGUUUACUCAACUUCUCCCAGGCUUCAUCGUUCAAUUUUAUCUUCUUCACUCAAGAACCGUUUUGCGCCUGGGUAGCUAGUGUGUAUAGUCCUUCAGAUCAGAUCGUUUACGACUGAUUUGUAACAGUGAUGUCGAUUUGGAGUUCUCGGUAUACUGAGGUUUAUAAAACAGCUACUUAAUCAUACCAUUCUCGAAAGAUUUGUUGCAUUGAAUCGAUGGAUGAUUAACUUUUUCAAGCCAUUAUUUUUGAUCUUGGUUUUCAUUUCGCAAGUUUAUUUCUACUGGAAGCAAAUUAAAUAAGAACGUUUUGCCUGAAGAUACAAGCGGUGAAAAAAAAACACACCCAUCAGGCUCUGGUUUAAUAAGCUGACAGGUUAUUUCGUAAUUCCACUUGUAUAGUUAUGAACGGAAACUAGACAGAGGCACUUACGUUUCGUGGCUUUAAUUCUCUUUGGUCUGUGACAAAGUUGGUUCAUUUUUGUUGGCUGGUAGUAAUAACGCGGUUGUGUGCCUGUUAACUAGUUUGUCCUUUCUGAAUAAACGUGCAAAAUAAAGUUUCUGCUAACCACUUUUUUCCUCGUUUUAUUUUACGUGACGGUAUUUGGUGACCAAUGACUCUCAGUUCAUGUCAUCAUGAUAUUUUUGACUUUUCAAACAAAUCUCUCCCAUCUCGGUAUUGGCUCACGGUUCUUUACUUACCAUAAAUGUGUUAAUUAAUUCUCGGUCUAAUUCGACAUUCAUGUUUACCAAGCAUAUAUUGGCAUUGAUAAUUCGAAGUGAAGUUUUUAUACAUGAUUCAUGACAACAAAAAACAAUCCAGAACGUUUAAGUCAAUCAAACCAUUGCAGAAUUUUUAUUCUGCACGCAAAACUGAAGAAAAUUGAGCUGCUUCAUAACUUGUGCACGCAUUUUUUUGUAUGCACUCAGAUUUCAUGUUUGCUGUGAUACCCAAUAUUCGUCUUUGUAGUUGAUAUUUCAGUUACAGGUUCAAUUUCUAAAUUUGAAACUUUGUUUCUGGGCUAAAACACUAAUCUUGUACUUGUAUUGGGAUCAUUGAGGGAGAUAUCGGGCUGUAAUUCAGUGAUUGAAAUCAAGGUCCUUAUACCAUAUAAUAAACAGUCGGCUAAAAAUGGAAAUUAUCACCGCUUGUGAUAGUAAUAUAUGGUUUUGCUUGACAGUUAUGUAUCUGAUUUUACUGAAACACAAAACCUUAAACACUUGUAUUACUUAGAAGUAAAGAUCACAUGGAGCUGAGCACAAUUAUCGCUGUAAACCGUAUACAUAUGCGUAUGAUUUUCUUUUAUAAUUAGCCUGAAUGGAAAGAAUUAGUUUUCGAUAUUGAUUUGACUGAUUAUGAUGAAGUUCGUUAUUGUUGUGGUGAACAAAGUACUUCUGGAUCUUCUAUUUGCCUUCGCUGCUGGCAACUUGCUCGUUCUGCAGUCCUCUGUAUCGACCGUGCCUUAAGAGAAGACUUUGGGUUCCAGCAUUUAUUGUGGGUGUAUUCAGGUCGUCGUGGAGUUCAUUGCUGGGUAUGUGAUCGUUCCGCUCGGCAUUUAGAUCAAACUUCGCGUACAGCUAUCGCGGAGUAUUUAACUUUGGUUAGAGGGGGUAACGGUAAGAAGCCCACACUCACUGCUGGUAACUUCUCAAAAUCUUAUGAUUCACAUUCACAUGGGAAUAUUGAGCCAAUUUUUCAUCCUUGUGUGGAUGCAGCUUGUGAUAUAUUGAUGCCUCGAUUCACAACUUAUUGCAGUACAACAAAUGGUCAAAAUUUAUUCGGAAAUAAAAAACGUCUGGAUAAGUUACUGUCGUUUUUACCGGUUGAGUUAAAAGAUCUUCGUGAACGACUUUUAGAUGAGUGGUCUACCGAUACUCAAGAAAACAAAGAAGAAGUAUCUACAAAAAGAUGGAACACAUUAAGAAAGUUUUUGAAAGAAAAUGGUCGCGCAAAUGUUUUGAAGGAAAUAGUCUUAAAUUUCACAUACCCUAGACUAGAUGUUAAUGUGUCAACAGGUAAAGUCAUUUUACCGGUUCGUUUGGCACGUCAUAUUGACGUUAAGUUACUAAGCAUCAUGUUUACACAUGUAUAGUUAUUUUAUCAACUACAUGUUUUGUUAAACAGCAUGUCCAUAAUCACAACCCAAAAAUCACCUAGUAAGUAUCAGUUAGGAUACUUGAAGCAAGAUAGUUCAAGUAAACAAGCCAUGCAAUUUUGGCUAGUGGUAAUGCACUAUCUUUUCAUCACACUUCUACUGAUCAUUGAAUAGAAUUCAUUUGUACGAUUUGAUUCUUCACUAGGGUUCUCGGCCUUCAGAGUUUACAGUAAAUUGAUUUAUUCAUGUUCAUUAAUGCCACUGAUCUUUUAUUUUACUAUUAACUAUAAAAGGAGCAAGUUUUUGAGCAGAUGAUCAUUUACUCAUUAGAUGUACAGAUGCGUAGUCAAAAUAACCUUAUUUUUUAUUCAACUUACGGAAGUACUUCGGUACAGUAUAUUCUCACUUAAUAUAUAUUGGAAUGAUAUGAAUAUCAUUCCAAAGCAUAUCGGUCGUAAUAAGUCUGAACGACCUACUAGAUGAAUCAUUUGGCUGCUUUCAAUCUUACCGCUCUUCAAUCAACCUGUCUGGUAUAGUAGGACCUUAAGAAACGAUUGCUUCAGCCAGUAUAGCUCGAUUUGCUCAUUACGAUAGGCAAGCCCGACCAUCACGUCAAGAUAGCAGCAACGGACGGGAAUGGAUGCACCUGUGCCAUUGAGAACGAUUUUGAGCCAUGUAAUUCAGUCUCUUACCAUUGGUUACGAUAGUCACGCGGACCCCAACAAGGUAGUAUGCACUAAAAUGGCUCAGUUCAACUGUUAACGACUUGAUGAUUUAAUGCCAUGCUUUAGUUUGACCUCUCCUAGCUCUCUUCAUGCCUACCCCUACACCAGAGAACAUCGGCCGUCGUGGUGGGCGGUUGAUAGGCAUAUGUAACACGUCCCAACCAACUCAGUUAAUGAAGGUUGACUACCUCAUCAAUUGGUUUUCCUGUUGCUUUAUUCCUAACCUAGCCAUUGCUUACUCGGUGGUCCCAAAAUACACAAACAAUGCUUCUAAGACACCUAUGAUCCAAUAAUGGUAACCUCUACUUCUAACAACUAUGUUUCAAAUUCACAAAGUAGA